AUGAAGUUCAUAAUAAAAUUACUACUUAUUGCAGUUUUUAGUAAAUUAGCUAAUGGGCUGGAAGAGCUCACGUGUGAUUUUACGUCCGGAGAAGGAUCUCUGUCAAACAAAUAUUUAUCAAUGUGUGUAAGAAGAUUUGGGUUAGGAACAAAAAUUGAUAUAAUAUGCCCGAAGAAUCCAAAAGGAAGAGUUGAUCCGAGAAUGGUGAAGGAAGAUAUUGAAGAAUACGAAGAAGAUGAAUAUUUCAUCGAUUUUAGAAGAAUUAUUGGAAAAAUAAAACAAAACGAUUUAGAGAAUAAAGUUAGGCCGGAUAAUGACGAUGAAGAGUAUACAUUAUUACCUGAGGAUAUUGAAGAGGUGGACGUGAUAGUAACCGAUGAAUUGAUAAAUGCAACGAAAGUUGAAAGAUAUGAAAUUUGGGAGAUUUUUGGAACCAAGAAUGAAAAUGUCGUUAGCAGAACAUCAGAUGCGGAGAAGGAAGUUUUAACACUGAAACCACCAAGCGACGGGGUUGCAUCAGUCAAAACUUACAAAAUAAUGAUGUAUACGUGCAUAAAGAGAAAGCAUUUCAAGAAAAUUGAUCAUAAUUUUCUUAAAUUAAUGAGGAAAUUGUUAUAUACGCCUUCUAGUGAAGAUUAUCGUAGAUUACACAUACCCCUGCUGGGAGAAGUCGAUGAAGACGUGAGAAUUGGAGUAGCCUUUAUUAUACCUGGCUCGUUUCCAAAAAUUGUAAGCGGAUGCGGUAACGUGCCAAACAAUUUUUUCAAAACCUUCCAAGACCAUAACAAGGUAGAUGGGUACACGGAAUGUAAAGUUGAUAUGAUGAUUAACCCUCUUGUUGGUUUCUAUUGUGAAGGGAUUGUUCAGCCACCAGAGUGCUUAUUUGUCUUAAAAUCAGAUUUUCCGAACCAGCUGAUGACAGUAUCAAAUCAUAUGAUUUACGAUUGGGGAGUAAUAGAAGGUAAACUCUAUUUUAUAAGUUAUAAAAGUGAGCAAGCUUAUGCCCCUUUUAGAGGAUAUUGUGAGUGCUUAGACCAAGAAGGGAAAGUAUCAGCUAAAAUCAUCGUUGAAAGAAAAACAGAACACGUUUUGGAUAUUCCUCAAAUGCUGAUGAAAAAUAGAGUAAAGCCAAUAAGAGGUGAUUGGUUUGCAGUAACAAUGCAUCCAGGAGAUAAAGUGAAGAUUAUAUUGCCUCCCAAUGUGGAUAACAUCACAAGUAUGAACUAUAGAAUAAAUAAACGAAACUCGAAAGCUAUUUUUGGAGCCAGAUUACCUUCUAAAAAUAAAGAUGAGAGUGAGAGUGAGAGUGAGACUGAGAGUGUGAGUGAGAGUGUGAGUGUGAGUGAGGAUACCGACAAGGAUGAAGAUCAAGAUGAAGAAGAUGGUAAAGAUACUGAAGUAGGUGGAGAGGAAGUGAAAAGUAGUUCAGAGGAGGAAGAACAAUCAAGUGAAUCAACUGAUAGUGAAGACUCGGAACCAGACUAUCCGUUUUGUAGAGUACUAUUUAGAGACAGUGAUAUCAUUAAGACAUUUAGAUCUCCCGGUUAUAAAAAAAGAGAAAUACGUAGGUACCCCUUUUACACAAUGUUGUCUCCAAUUGACGUUAAAAGGCAAGCUAACUCGUUCAUUUAUACUGGAGAGUAUGUGAAUCAGGUGCCAAUAUGGGAGUUAUUUGGAGGCCAAGCGUUAGGAAUCGACGAUAGUGAAUUGCAUAAGGGAAUAUUGAACAUAGAAAGGGGGUGGAAACCAAUGGCGUUGAAAAGAGGUGUAGAUGACAUCUAUUACUAUUGGAUACUUAAGUACGAAUGGUCAAAAAUACCUGAAAUUGUGGUUAAAAUCAAUAUUUUGUUUGCACAGGUCCAUGAUAUCUGCGCAGGUUGUGAAACUGUAAAUUCUGGAAUCUUUUAUAACGUCAAGGAUGCAGAGUUCUGUGCGCAUCACUUUAAUUUGUGCCAGAAACAAGGAGUCAAACAUAACACAUUUGAUAUCUUAAGCCAUUUACAAUUCGGAAUAGCGUGCGCACAUGAUGAAGUGUUGUAUCCACCAGGUUUGGGUGGUUUUAUGAUAGAUCCCAGGCUGAACUUGAUUGUGGAUGUAGAUCAAGAGAUUAAGACGUUGGAAUUUCCAAGUCUUCAAAAUUUCAAGAUUUUUAGGAAAAAAAGCUGGCAGAUAAUGAAUGUUACAACAUUCUAUGCAAGUUGCUUAGAUUCUUUAGGAAGAGAAAAAAGUAGACUGACUCUUUACUAUGCAAGUUAUGAGACUCAUGCAAACUAUAGGUGCUUUAAUUUUGGAGAAUAUAUUCUCUUCAUACCAAAAGUUAAAAUGUUUCUGCCGCCAUUUGAUCACACAAGGUACACACAGAGGGGAAAUAACACGAAUUCUUUGCCCGAAAUUGAAUUCAUAACGAUACCAAAGCAUGUACCAGCUUAUCACUUAGAACUGAGACAGGGAAUUAAGCUCAAGAUAUCAGUUGUUCAGCCAAAACCGUUGUACCUUUGUAAUGAAGUGGAUUUUGGACAUCUAAGGACCCCAGUUAUAGCCAGUCCAGACUUAACUUUCACAGGAGUGAGAAAAGGCAGGGCCGAUAUUCCCCAACAAUUGUAUACAGACGCUUCAUACUCAAAUAGAAGGUUUUUCCCCGUAAAUUUGACCAAGUACACCUACCGACUUACCUUGGGCGAGUUUGACUACUUGGUUCCAGUGCAGUAUUCCGACUUAAUUGCAACUAAUAUUGGUGGGUUUAGACUAAAGGUUAUCCAUUACACUAAAGCAAGUGUAGCUCCGUUCUUUGAAAGCAUUAUUAUGUACCUUCCAAUUGGUAGUAUUGUUAUUAUCAAGAGCGAUAUUUUGGAUUCUAUAGACUUAUUAUAUGCUUCCGGAUCCAUUUCAGAACCUGAAAAGUCAAACUCAGAAAGUUCUAAAGAUUCGGAAAGGGCAGGUCCGAGUACGGAAGGUGCUUCGUCCAGUACGGGUGACGAUGGAAACCUUAGAAGCAAAAGGGCGAAAAAACCUCCUAAAGCAGACGUUAGGAAGAUGGAAGUUUGGGGAAUCCACUCCGUUAAAAUAAGAGCAACUAACCCAUGGGUGCAUGGAUGUGGAGUGAAUGAGCCUUCUGAAGACUUUUUUAAGGAUACUGAAAAGAUAAUCGAGAAUGGAGAGGAAAUUGGAUGCACUGUUGACUUGAGGGAUAAACAAAUUGCCGGAUUCUACUGCCCAGAACCAUAUAAAGUUGACCCUCCCUCGUGUUUUAAAUAUAUGUACGUAGAAGGAUACUCUAUGCCUGUAGCUCUGAGGGACGAACUUCUGGAUGGUAUAUGGAGGGAAACCAAUGGGUUCAAGUACAUUAAAUUAAGGAGAAAUAUAAAGACUCAAGUUCUAUUGACGUUUUUAAGGCGUAAAGCAUACACCUGUUAUUGUAGAACGAUAAGCGGGAUUAUAAUGUCAAGAAUUGACGUUAUAAUCUGAUCCUCUAAAUAACUAGGUAGGAAAGGGUCAAAAUUAAACUAAUUUAAUAUAUAUGUG